CUCAGUUAAACAGAUCAAUGAAGAUACUAGUCGUGGCGUUCUUGGUCCUGAUGAAGACAGCCGUUUCCCAAGAGGACAGUGAUCCAAUGGACCCCCCUCCGCCGAUAGAGCCUUGCAGGGACGUGUUCGUGAAUUUCGGCCCGUGCAUGGGCUUCGUCGAGGGAAUAUACCGGAACCCUUCUCCAGAUUGCUGCAGAGGCGUGAGCCACUUGAACAACGUCGUCAGGUUCACGGCUCCAGGAACGAUACAUGGGAAUGGAGAGACAAGGAGAGUGUGUGCAUGCAUAGAGAUGAUGGCAAAUGCAAAUAAUCAUCUUCCUUUUCUCCCUAGCGGCAUUAGCAAUCUUCCACUCCGUUGUUCUCUUACUCUCAGCUUUCCCAUCUCCAUUGCUAUGGACUGUUCUCAGUUUAGAAACACGAAGGAUCUCAACGCUGAAAUCUCAAAUUAACUACCAAGAAUUCAAGGUAUACACAGGAAUAUUGUUAAGGGAUGACUUGUAGCAUGCAACAGCAAUAUAGUUAAAAGUUAUAUGUAAGAGUGUAUUGUAUUAGUGACUAUGUCACAAAAGCAAAUAGUGUUUUCUUUAAUAAUUAGUGCUUGUGUGUAUACGUGCAUUACAUUCAUCAACUGGCUUCUACUUCAUAAUUAUUAAUUACCAUAACCUGAUUAACCAUUA